AUGUCACAGUAUUCAGGAAAGAUAGUGUUUUACGAGGGAAGAUGCUUCACUGGAAGGAAGCUGGAGGUGUACAGUGACUGCGAUAACUUCCAGGACCGUGGCUUCAUGAACAGGGUGAACUCCAUCCGUGUGGAGAGCGGAGCUUGGAUCUGCUAUGACCACCCCGACUUUAAGGGCCAGCAGUACAUCCUGGAGCGUGGCGAGUACCCGGAGUUCCAGCGCUGGAACUCCCACAAUGACCACAUGGGCUCCUGCAAGACUGUCAGGAUGCAUGGAGAGCACUACAGGAUCGAGCUGUAUGAUGCAUGCAACUACUCAGGUCACUGUAUGGAGCUGUGUGAUGACUGUCCCUUCCUGCAGAGCUGUGGCUAUGGCAGGCCCUGCGUCAACUCUGUCAGGGUGUUCGGAGAUGGAGCCUGGGUGAUGUAUGAGGAGCCUAACUACCGUGGCCGUAUGUACAUCGUGGAGAGAGGAAACUACUGCAGCCACAACGAGUGGCAGGCCCAGACCCCCAACAUCCAGUCCAUCCGCAGGGUCGUCAAUUACUUCUAAAACUCCAUUUCUCCUCUCCUGUCCCCUUUUCAUUCAU